CACACCUCGAUACACAAUAGAGUGUAGAACUAGUGCAAGACUAAAAAAGUAUAACAUACAAAGUUAACGCAUGCAUUAUUUUUUCUAAUACACUUUACCAAACGAGCUCUUAAUAAAAAUACUGACUCCGCUACCGAUCCCUAUGUAUAUAUAAAUGAGAUCAUUCCUUGAUUCCUUCUACAUGAUAUAUCUCGUGAAUGGCUUUUAAUUCCUCUCCAAAACCAAAACGGUGAGAAGAUAAAUGCUAGCAUCAAAUUAUGUGUCGGUGAACUACACAACAAACUUUACACCAAAUUAUACAGAGCAACCUCUGUUUUUUUUCUCUUUAGCAUUUCAUCAAACACCUUGAGUGCAUUUCUGAAAACAAAAAAAAAUGGAGUCAAUUUUAUGGAACUUAGAAGACAAAUGGAAGCUCUCAACUCAAGAAUCAAUUGCAUUUUUCAUUUGCACUUGUUCCUUAAUCAUUGUAAUUUGCUUAGUUACUGCUUUUUUUAAAAGAAGGGCAGCCACUAGGAGAAAGGGGUUAGUGGGCCAAGACCCGUGUAGCGCGGAUAUCGAUGUAGAAUGGUCUGAACCAAAGUUACUGAGUUCGAACACUUCGGUGAAGAAAGUGCUGACGAGUACGGUGAGGUGGAGUGGGCCAAGUAAGUGGGAGGAAAAUCGGAGCACGGAGAGAGUUUCUCCGUUACUCGAGGGCGAGUCUGGGCAAUGGCAUAGCCACAACUCGGACUCGCCUGUGUGGCAAAGGCCAAUAUUGAUGGGUGAAAAGUGUGAGCUGCCGAGGUUUAGUGGGCUUAUUUUGUAUGAUGAGAGAGGAAGGCCGGUUCAUCAUGUUGACAAUGAUCAAUUCAAUGUUAAUCAGGAAAAUGUGGAUGUUGUUGGGAGAACUACUCUGAAGGACUUGCUGCUGUGACUUUUGCUUUAAUAUAUUCACAAAUUUUUGUAUAGAAAAUAUGUAUCAACUUAUGAGAAGGCAAAAUUAAGCAAAUCCAGCAUGUAGAUGCAUAUUUUUUUAUUUUCUUGUUGACUUAUGUGUUAAAUUUUCCGCAGAA